CGAGUUCUCAAACAAAUUAAAUCAUCUCAACUUCUAAACUAAGAACUAAGAAUGAAUCCAGUCCAGAAGCAACUCUAACUCUCUAGCUUCCUUUUUUAUAAUAUUAAUAGCGUCUGCUUUAAAUAUUCUUGCUUGUCGAGAUUUUGAUCAUUAUCUGAUCUGUGCCAGACAAAAGGAUAAAUGGCAAAUGGUGGAGGUGAUCCUGUGAUUUUAGCAACUGCUGGAUAUGAUCACAGAAUUCGGUUUUGGCAGGCUCAUAGUGGCAUAUGUCACAGAACUGUACAACAUCCAGACUCACAAGUAAAUGCUUUAGAGAUUACACCUGACAAACAGUUAAUAGCAGCUGCAGGCUAUCAGCAUAUACGCAUGUAUGAUGUGAACACAUCAAAUCCAAAUGCUUUAAUCAAUUAUGAAGGCAUACAGAAGAAUGUGACUGCCGUAGGUUUUCAUGAAGAGGGUAAAUGGAUGUACACAGGUGGAGAGGAUCACACAGCUAAAAUUUGGGAUCUCAGAUCUAGAACAUUACAAUGUCAACGGAUAUUUCAGGUGAAAGCCCCAGUAAACUGUGUUACACUUCACCCUAAUCAGGGUGAAUUGUAUGUUGGUGACCAAAGUGGUUCUAUACACUGUUGGGAUUUGAAGACAGACAUAAAUGAACAUUUGAUUCCUGAACCUGAUGCAGCAAUUACUUCAGUCAGCAUUGAUCCAAUGGGAACAUUAAUGGCAGCCGUUAACAAUAAGGGCAAUUGUUACUUGUGGACUAUGAACAGCAGUCGUGCCAAUGGACCAUCCAAUUUACAUCCGAAAAAGAAGUUUCAGGCUCACAGUAAAUACAUACUCAAAUGUCUUUUUAGCCCAGAUUCCACUCUCCUAGCAACCACGUCAGCAGAUGGUACCUGCAGGAUAUGGAGGACAGCUGAUCUGUCUCUGUGUACAGAACUGAAAGAUAAGUCACAGCGCUGGGUGUGGGACUGUGCUUUUAGUGGUGACUCCCAGUACAUCAUUACAGCAUCUUCAGAUAAUAAUGCCAGACUAUGGAGCGUAAACACAGGUGAAAUCAAAAGAGAAUACAGUGGACAUGAAAAGGCAGUUGUGUGCUUAGCAUUUAGGGAUGAAGUGGUUUCUUAAUGGUGUUCAUGCUUUUGACCACUGUGUGAUUUUGAUUGAUAAAUGUUUGUUGUGUAAAAGGGAGUUUUCACAAGAUUGAUUGGAAUAUUUGAAAACUGUAAAAAAAAAAUACCAUUGUAUUUUUGUGAUACAAUUGAUGUUAAUUUAAAUCUUGACUGUAUGGAAUGUGUCUUUGAUACUUUACAAAAGAAUGUAUUGAAUGAGUUAAAACUUUCUAAAUUUCUUAAAGUGAUCAGAAUUUUUUUGCAAAGUUAUUUGAUGUUGGAUCAUGUGCUCUAUUUAAAGAAUUAAUCCCAUAAAAUAUUAGGUUUUGUUUUUCUUUUUCAAAAGAAAAAUUAAAAAUUAAACCUUGAAAAAGUAGAAGCAAGCAUAGAUCUUUAUAUAAAAAGAGAAACUGGUCUUAAAUGACAUGCAGAACUUGAUUAAGUCAAUGCUGUUAUCAGGGGCUAUUUUUUUUGUUUGCAAAUCACAUGACUCAACUUCUAUGUAUAUGAACUAGUCUUGUGAAUUGUCUAUAGUCAGUUUUAGGGACUAUUACAUUUUUGAUGCAUCUUUACUUUUACUGUACACAUGCCAGAUUUUUUUCAAUAAAAAUGAUUUUGAAGUAAA